AUGAGCGUUAAUUCGGAACCGACCCGAAAGCGCCUGGCUACGACACUCCCACUUAUCUUCCGACAGACAUCCUUAGCAAAUUUAUUGAUUGAAGCAUACGAUGUAACACCUAUACCAUGUCACUUCUAUACCCCAAUCUUGCGUGAAAAUGAUGACACUGUCCUCAGAGAAGCAGCGCGGGUUGGAGACAUGGAUACCGUGGUUAAGAAAUUGGGUUAUCUUGGCUUGUGUUCAACCGAUGGUCGCACCGCACUUAUGGAGGCAGCCAUGCGUGGCCAUCUCGAAAUAGCGCAGCUCUGCAUGCUUGAAGCCGGUUCUACCACCAUUCCCACCAGCAAAUAUAAUCUGCCAAUAAUUUAUCGUGACGACACCAACUUUUCUUGGAGCUCCGAAUCAGGAGAGACCACAGAUUAUUUGCACCCCAACGCGUCAAGUUUCGACAACUUUUCCUUCUAUGACUCUCGCGGGGAAUUUACUGAUAAUAUAAAUGAUUUUAUGAACCGAUUGAACCCUGCUAAUUCUCGACCCAAUAUCAUUGCAAGUAAUACUGAACUGAGUGAGUCCACUGACGACAUCGGCACCGGUGACUCUGCUCUUUAUCAUGUUACUGAGUCGAUGGACACGCCCUCACGAGCGCUAUCAGCAUCAUUUGACAUCUAUGAGGCAAGACCAACACACAACACUAGCACAACCCACACAGAUCCUGCUUCACCACGGAGUAGCAUGGAGUAUUCCGCAUCAUCAAACAGUAUUGUAUCUUCAUACUCCUCUGCGCCAAGCUCCUCCUCAAGUACAUCCGUUAGUUCUCGUACAAUAUCAUCUAUGAACUCAACCAUAGUCCUGAAGAAGGACGCUACCAAGAUUGACACUACAUUUUAUAUCUCAUCUAACGAGGACCGGUCCCUUUUGCUCUCUCCUUGGUCCUCCGCAUACAGUCAUUGUUUGCGGCGAUUACUGACGGAUGAUGAGAUGCUGACGACGCCAAAGUCUUAUCGACAAGCUUGCGAGUAUUCGUACUUCAAGGUCGCUGCCAACACCGCUCUGACCCUAGCAAUUAGCAAUCAUCAGCGGAGCACUAUCCUCCUACUCAUCGACAAGGAGAUAGGAAUGGCUGGUGUGACUCACUUAAUGGCCUCUGCCAUUAAGGAUGAUAUUCCAGGAAUGCUGCGUUCUAUGGACUACAUCAAUGCCCGCGACGCAAAUAGGUUCACUGCACUGUCGCUGGCUACCAUGUUCGGGCAUCUCAAGGCAGCAGAGCUCAUAGCCAAUGAAUUUAUAGAUAUGCCCGAUUACCCUACGUGGGCAGAUCCUCUUGUGAUAGCAGCUAGGUACAAUUUUCUGCAGCAUCUGAACCUCUUUCUCGAGAUAGUUCCUAAGCCGAUCACUUCUGUUAUCUCUAUGGACAGGAUCAGAAUGGCUCUGAUCGAGGCAGCGAAGGCAGGGCACCUGGAUUUUUUGAGGAUACUCUUGUCCAUCUGUGGGCGUACUAAAAACAUUUCAGCAAACAUCAUCAUUGCAGCGGCAGAGCACGGCCAUCUUGAGUGUGUAAAAUACUUCGCAACAGCUUACCCGAAAAGAUUCACUGCAUAUGCUGACCUUAUCCUCAUAUCAGCUAUCAAAGCGUAUAAGCAAGAAGUUGUCGAGUUUAUUUGCAAGAGAUUUGUUAUAGGGUCAUGGCCCAGGCCGUCUCCCCUAUUCUUUGCAGCAAUAUCUGGUAACACGUACAUAUUAGAUGUAGUGCGUAGAUCUAAUAGGAUACGUGAUGGUAUCACUCCGCUCAUGAUUGCGGCUGCUACGGGGGACGCACCAGGAUUGGUGCAGCACAUAGGAGAUGCUCGGAAAAGGGAUAUCCACGGACUAACUGCACUGAUGUAUGCCGCUAUAGCAGGCCAUGCAGACGAUCCUCUAAUUUAUAAGGACCUAAUCAGGCUGGAGGCAGGACUAAAUUGUGUCGGGGGCCUCUUUGCAAUAGCACAUGCCAUCAAGACCAACAACCUAGGGUUAAUGGAGCAGCUCUUGGACUAUGAGGCUAUCAUGACCUUUUCUAAUGACCUAAGCAUUCUCGACGUCGCCAUAGAGCAUGGAAGCUCCGAGGCGAUUCUUCGAAUUGUGGAGUAUUUGUCUCUUAAGAAACUGCCUAUCUUUGUGAAGCGACGACAAAUAUCUAAUUACUCGCAGUGCUCCAGUCCCUUAUUGGAAGCUGUUGAGGAUUUUGAUAACGACGGUGUAAGAAAAUACCUCUAUCAAGCCAAUCACUGCACAGACCUCUGGAGCCCCCUUCAAAAAGCUGUCUACGUGCGCAACCAAGAAGCUGUAAAGCUGCUGUUGUGCGAGCUCGGAUACGUUAAUACAAUGGGGUACACUGCUCUUUUGUAUGCAAUAACUGAAAACAACAUCGAGGCUGCGCAGUUACUGCUUCCAGAAAUAAACUGUGUGAGGUAUAACGAAAGGACGUGCCUGAUGGUUGCUGCCUCACUGGGCUUUGUAGAACUAGUGAAGCUUCUGAUCCCCUAUGAGGCAGGAAAAGUGGCCAGCAACGGAGACACAGCGCUCAUGUAUGCAGCCAUUGAGGGCCAUCAGGACUGCGUUAAGCUUCUCCUGCCCUACGAAUCUGGCCUCGUCUCUAAUGACGGUAGCAGCGCACUUAUGUGUGCGGCUGGCAACAAGAGUAUCGACUGUGUCAGACUUCUGCUAGAGGAGGAGAAGAUGAUGAUCUCGCAUAAAGGGUAUAGUGCUCUCGCACUAAGUAUGCAAGAGAACUGUCUUGAGGCUGCAACUAUGCUAUAUAAAUACGAAAAGGAUAUAUCUCAGAUAACAGAUCUCAUGUGGGGAGCAUUUAUCAAUGAUGUAGAUGCCGUACAUAAGUACAUCAAUCAAGCAGGGACUCGGUCAGCGACGCAGGCCACAGCGCUAAUGUAUGCUGCCACAGCCAACAAUGUCAGAAUAGUAGAGAUCCUAUUACCGUACGAGAAGCAGUUGGUGGAUGAUACCGGACACAGUGCUCUUAUGUAUGCCAUAGAGGCCAAGGCAAUUGACUGUGUGAAGGUACUGCUUCCGUACGAAAGUAACAUUAAAACAUUUAAAGAAAAGGAUGUUAUAGACAUAGCUAAAAGCACCAAGUCGCAGGAAAUAAUAAAUGUUGUCAAGGCACAUAUGGAUAAUAUUGAACAUGUCACCAGCCGGAAAUAG